AUGCUCCUCACCGCGUUCCUGGGGCUUGUCGGCGCCAUCAAGCGCCAGAAAUGCCUCCUCUACACCUACGCGUUCUUCGUAUUUGUCGCGCUAGUGGUCUUCGUCCUCAUCAUGAUCACGGGAUUUGCCGGCACGUCGACUGUAAACAAGUGGGACGACGCGACGUUCCCGGCCGACGACGCCGAGACGUCGGUCGCCGAGGCCUUUGAUUCGACCUUCUGCCGCGUCAUGCCUCGGUGA